UGUUGUUGUGGAGAAGAAGACGCGCACACGUGGACGAAAAGUUGACAGCGGAGACUGCGCACUUUUCACCCCCUUCCUGACACACCCCACCGAUCAACGCCGAGUGAACAAGAGAGCAAGCGAACAAGCACCAUGCCACCACACCGGGUGUUCAUCUCGCUGCGCUUCAGCGAGGCCAUGGAGGAGAGCGAAGCCCUGAAGAAGGCGUUGGACAAGCGGGGCGUGCCCACGUUCCUGUGCGCCGUUGCUUCUGGCAACAGCAUCGCGGACGCCGUGAUCGAGGCCAUCGACGAGUGCGACCUGGUGGUGAUCAUGGGCACACAUACGUACGGCGAGAAGACGGACAGCAAGUUCAGCUCGCGCGAGGAGCUCGAGUUCAUCAUCAACGACGAGAAGCCGUUCUUCCUGGUGAAGAUGUGUGACCGCUUCAAGCACGCCAAGACGCGCUUCUGGCUUCCGCCAACCAUCGCCUACCACCCAUGGCAGCCGCAAGGCGCCGAGCGUUCCGACCCGCCAGGUGAGCUCGUGGACGCCAUCAUCGCCAAACUCAAGAACGUGAGUGGUGUUGGUGCGCCGGCGACGCAGCAACAACCACAGCAGCAGCAAGCGACAGGCACAGUUCGUGCAACUUCGCUUGCCACUUCUUCCCCUUCUUCCGCUUCCUCGUCACAAGUGCAUGGCGUGCGGGCAGUCAGUGGCGGUGGUGCUGAGGAGGACGCCGUGCGCAAGCUGCAGGCCAGUGGUCGCAGCAUGCACGCCGCUGAGGUUGUGCAGCUGAUGCAUGCGUUUCCCGCCUCUGCAGACGUGCAAUGGCGUGCCUGUCAGGCACUGGAAGACCAAUCGAGAGGCAAUCCCUCUGCGCGUGUGCAGGCUGCGGCAGCGGGCGCCAUCGACGCAGUCAUGAGGACGUUGACGACGCACAGCCAGAACGCCGAUGUGCAAGAGCGUGCGUGCGCGGCCCUGGCUAACCUGGCGAUCAACAACGACAACAAGGUGGCGAUUGCCGCAAAGGGCGGGAUUGAGAUUGUGGUUGCGGCAAUGAACAGAUUCAGCAGCAACGGCGGUGUGCAACACCAAGGGUGCGUGGCGCUGGCGGAGCUGGCAUGCAACGAUGCCAACAAGAUGGCGAUAGUCUCCAAAGGUGGGGUGGACGCUGUGAUUGCCGCGAUGCAGAACCACGGCAAGAAGGCUGUCGUGCAAAACAACGGCUGUGUUGCGCUGGGCAUUCUUGCGAGGCACGCGAGCGUGUGCCAGCAACUCCGUUCCAAGCGCGUCGCGGUGGUCGCCGAACAGGCAAAGCGAAACCUGCCAGCCAACGCCGCUGUUCAAGACCAGGCCAACCGCCUGCUGAGGCAACUCGCCUAACCCCUCUUCCACAUUCCACGUCUUCCUCUGGAUCGACGACUCCUGCCUGCUGUUCUGCUUGCCGUCUUGUUGCACCUUCCAACUUGUUUCCUUUCGCGUGUUGAUUCGAUUUCACUUGGUGUCGGAACCUGAUGCUCUUGGGUUAUCGUGGACACACACACACACACGCAUGCACGCACUCACUCACUCACUCACGCAUGCACGCACGCACUCACUCAAACGCACACAAACACACUCACUCACUCACUCACUCACUCGCUCACUCACGCACUCACACACACACACACUCACUCACGCACUCACUCACACAUCUUGGUUGCUACUCUGAUGCUUAAGUUUUGAGACAACCACAACCCUGUGUCACGCACGAGACCGCCAGCACAGCCGUGCUGAGAGCGCUUGCUUCACCUCCCUUGCCAUUCUCUCCUGUCUUGCUGGUGCUGUCUGCCUUCUUCUACUCGGUAUUUAUUCAUGGUGCGGUCUCUUGUGGGCAUAUGGAUGUGCCAAACAUCGAGGGUAACGAGAACAACAAGCAUGAGCACCA